UCGUCAAGUGCCCGUUGAAUUUCAUUCAUAGGCAUCGAUAAACCGUACUCCUGGUACCGCAAAUACCUAUUGCGUUAGUCCUUUCCUUUUGUUUUUGUAUGCGCAAACAAAAGCGGGAACUGGAAGGACAAGGAGGAAUGCCGACACGAUCUCUCUCGUAUCCGCCAUACUCCAAAAUCAGGGCACGUGUGCACCUUGUCCUACGUAUAAAAGGGGACGUGUAAAGCGAGCGAUGGAAGGCAUAGACUCAUCGUACCGUAUCUCAGCUGUAAAACUAUAACAUGUCCGACUCACAAGACUCACCUGCUCUCGCAUUACCGCCCUUCGAUCAUGUGAAGGCAGACGUGAUCCUGCGCUCAUCUGACGGCGUAGACUUCCGCGUAUUCAGGCUCUUCCUUUCCCUCGCAUCACCCUUCUUCGAGACGCUCUUUGAUCUUCCCCAACCAUCUGAGGAGACUGACACCGACAUGGAGAUCAAAGACGGACUCCCUGUUAUUCCUGUCUCAGAGGACAGCAAAACGCUAGAUUCACUCCUCCGCUUCUGCUACCCCUGCACCCUGGCAGAGGAUCCUGUGCUCGAGGAUUUCAGAGAGAUCAUUGACGUUCUCGACGCAGCGAAAAAAUACUCCCUUGAUGCCAUCCAGCAGGCGGUGCGCAAAUCUCUUUUCAUUCCAAAAAUAUUGGAAACGAAUUCGCUGCGUUGCUUCGCGAUUGCGUGCCGCACCCGCAUGCAGGACGAGUGCGAGCUUGCUGCUAAAUACACUCUCCAGGAGCCAUUGAUUCCGGGGUGGUUCGAGGAGAUCGAACUAAUUACUUCUGCGGAACUCCUUUCGUUGUUGACAUACCAUCAAAAGUGCAGCAGCGCCGUCCUGGCUCUUAAAGAUGUCCUUUAUUGGAUCCCAAAUGAACUUAAACAAGGUUAUGGCGGCUCCUGCGGAUGCACACCCUAUGGAGGUCGGCCGGGCCUUGGCGAUUGGUGGCAGGUGUUCAUAGAUUCCACUUUCCUGGAUUUGCGGGACAAGCCCUGUGCAGAACCGAUCCGGUCAAAUAUCGAAAAGACAAUACAGACUAUUCGGCAGCGCGGCUGUGACAAGUGUCGCGAAGUAGCACCAGGCCGCCUGCGAGAAGUCAACAUCAUCUUUACGAACAAAGUCGAAGAGGUGACGUCAAAGGUUGAGCUGGACAUGAAGUUUUGACGUCCGAGGUAGCCGUAUGCAAUGGACCGAGACACAUAUGUUCAGGUUCCCUC